UGGAUCAGAGCUGAGACAUUUCUAUAUAGAGGGGACUCUGCAGCCGUCUGAAAAGAAGAAGGCAAGAGACGGGCUGCACACAAUACAGACGACUCGGAAUCCAGCAUUCAGUUGAGGAUAAGAAGAGGGAAGAUAAGGGCUGCUCGGAGUAGAGGACUCGGCAGCCAGCUGAAGGGGAGGGGAGGGAAGGACUGGGCAGUACUGAGCUCUGAGGAGAUGGCUCCCAAGACGAAAGGCAGCUGAGAGGGGGAGGGAAAGGCUGCACACACAGGAGACUAUUUCAUACCCCACUGGAACAGAACUGAAUAAAAUUGGGCACUUAUGACAUGGAAGCUAAUGCAGGCGAUGAAGCUAUUCACUUUCAAAGCUACCCAUUUGAUUUUCUAGAAUUUCUUAAUCAUCAGCGCUUUGAACCUAUGGAAUUCUACAACCACAAUGAGCAUGCUAAGCCUACAGCUGUUCUCCCUUGUACUCCACCCUCAUAUGAAUGUAGUUCUCAAAACCAUACCAGUAAUGUGCACCUUACUACAGACAGCACUUCCAAAACUAAAGAAUUCAAAUUAGAAGUUCCAUCUUCUGUCUCUCCAAAUAAAAAGUCGGAAACUGUACAUAUACAAUGCAACAAUCAUCCUUCAGGGCCCAGCACUCAGGUUAUGUUUGAUGGAACAUUUAGUGCACAACAAUGGGGAAUAGUAGAUCUUUCUAACCACCAGCUUCUUUUUAGUAACAUAAAGCGUUCCCUUCCAGUGACCCAGGAAGUGCAAGGUGAAAAAGACACUAGAGAUGAUAAACACUAUUUUCGGCGACUAAAGUAUCUUAUUGAUCACCGCUUUCCUUGUACAGUAUGUCAAAAAUCUUUUAAACAGUCAUCACACCUAAUGCAGCACAUGCUUGUGCAUACUGGUGAGAGGCCAUAUGAAUGCAAUGUUUGUGGUCGCUCAUAUAAUCAUAUAUCUAGUUUGAUAAGACAUAGGCGUUGCCAUAAAGAGGAAACAGAAGUUGAAAGUACCAGUACAGUGUUAGCAACAGAUGUUGAAACAGCUGCAGCAACUGCUGCAGUGGCAGCUGCAAUGUCGGAAUCAAACAUAAAUUCUGUUGAAAAUCCUGUAGCUUUGACUGAAGCAAACAUAACAGUACAUCAUGAUGGUCCUUUCACUUGCAACAUGUGUUUAAAAGUUUUCAAAAAGCAAAGUCAUCUUCACCAGCACCAAAUUAUUCAUACUGGUGAAAAGCCUUUUAGUUGCACUGUAUGUGAAAAAAGUUUCAAUCGUCGUGAAAGUUUGAAACGUCAUGUGAAGACACAUUCUGAUUCUAUUAAAGUUUAUUGUGAAGUAUGUGGUAAAGCUUUCCGUGACACUACAUACUUGUUGAAACACCAGGCAACACAUACAGGGGAAAGGCCAGAAUACAAGUGUGAUGUGUGUGGAAAGUCAUAUGCUACUAUGCAGAGUCUUUUAAGACAUAAGCAGUUACAUAAUAUUCCUUUGCUCCAGCCAACAUUUUUGCAAAAUUCACUAAAUGAGAACAUCAAAGAGCCCAGUACAUCAGAUCCAAUGGAGGCAACAUCUUUUCUCUCUACUGAUGUUGACCAGACUGACCAAGAUACCAUAAGCGUUAUUGAAAGAACUGGGUGUGUAAUGGGUCAGUCUUCUCUGAAGAGGCAAUCAUCUCUUUCAACUAAUGCGAGCAAAAACUUCUGCUGUAAUAUUUGUGGGCGUGGAUUUGGUAGAAGAGAAACACUAAAACGCCAUGAACGCAUUCACACUGGAGAAAAACCACACCAGUGUUCAGUUUGUGGAAAAAGAUUUAGAGAAUCAUUUCAUCUUACCAAACAUCAUGUAGUUCACACGCGAGAACGUCCUUACAAAUGUGACUUAUGUGGAAAAGUUUUUGGCUACCCUCAAAGCCUAACCAGACACAAACAGAUCCACCGACUUCAGCUGACAUGCAAAGUACAGGAUGGGGUCCCGAAUCCUGACUAUCUCCCUUUUGGGUGCACAGACUGUGGUCAGAAGUUUCCAGACUCGUUUCACCUCAUGAACCACAAAGAGCUUCAUAUAAAUGAGAAGCCCUAUGUUUGUGACAUUUGCCGUAAAUGCUUUGGUUUUAUUGAAAAUUUAAUGUGGCAUAAACUAGUUCACCAAACAGCUACAGAAUGUCUUAUCCCAGUAAACCAAUGUCAAGAAGUAACAGAAAACAUUCAAAUUAAUGGUAAGCAGAAUGGAUUGUCAAGCACUAUAGCACCAACAAAUGGAGUUACAGUAACAGAUGCUGCUAUCAUGACCGUCACUUCUGAGGAGCAUCCGAUGAUUCCAAGUGGUGAGAGGUUUUCUUGCAGUAUUUGUGGCCAGAGUUUUAAGCACUUUUUGGGUUUGGUUACCCAUAAAUAUGUACACCUGGUUAGACGCACAAUGGCCUGUAAUGUAUGCGGGCAGAGCUUUACAGGAGCAUAUGAUCUGCUCCUUCAUCGUCGCAGCCACCUCCAGAAGAGACACUUUACAUGCUCUAUAUGUGGCAAACGUUUUUGGGAAGCUGUUCUUCUUAUGCGGCAUCAGCGUUGUCACACAGAAGAGCGGCCUUACCGCUGCACUAUUUGUGGAAGGGGUUUCUUACAUUCUUGGUAUCUUCGUCAACAUAAGGUUGUGCAUACAGGCGAGCGUGCUUACAAAUGUGCUUUGUGUAACAAACGUUUUGCUCAGUCAUCCAGUUUAGCAGAGCAUCAAAGAUUGCAUGCCGUGGCUCGUCCUCAACGUUGUCCUACUUGUGGUAAGACUUUUCGCUACCGAUCUAAUCUUAUAGAACACCAAAGAGUGCACCUUGGUGAAAAGGUUUAUCGGUGUGAUCAGUGUGGCAAGAGUUUCUUUUACAUUUCAUCCAUUUUAAGGCAUCAGAGAUCUCAUGAUGCCAAACCAGAUCUCCGCUGCUCAUGUUGUUUGAAACUCUUUAAAGAUUUAAAGUAUUUUAACAAACACAUACAGACCCAUCAAGGGGGACGUCCCUUCAAAUGUGGAGCCUGUGGGGAAGCUUUUAGUAAUACAUAUGGACUAAAGAAACACCGCCAAGAACAUAAAGUGGAAAAGUUUGCUGCUGCUGCAGCUGUGGCUGCACUUGCUGAAGGACAGAGUAAUUAAGCAUUUUAAAUGUUUCCUAUUUAUGAAACAUCUCUCAAUUUAAAGGAGAACAAUAAUUGCAUUUUGUAGUUAGUUGUGGCACCACUUUAAAUGUUGUAAAGUAUAUGUACAAUUAAAAUAGGUGUUCAAGGAGUUGGGCACCUUCUGAUGGAACAGUAUAUAAAAACCCAUUUGUAUGUCUUUUGCUAUGAAUCUUUUCAGUGAAAUCUGCAGUUUAUAGCUUUGCUAGAUGUACUAAUAUUUUAUUAGUGUUUCCUAGUUUAAUUUAUGGACAUAUAUCUGAUAUAUCCCAUAUUAAAAUACAAACUUUAUUUAACGGGGGAUCGAAGUUAGAAAAAUGGAACAAAGAUUUUUGUCUGCAUUCCUCUUGUCACUCAUCGGUCAUCACAUAACACUACUGACAGGUAAAGUGUAUGACAUUAUUAAAUUACAGUGGCACAUGUCAAGAUAUGUAUUUUGCAAAUGGUAGACUUACAAUUAAGUAAUGUAUUGGCAAGUUAUUUCUAUAAUGUUUUGGUCCUUAAACCUCAAUCAGCUUGAGAUUUCCAUUGAGCUAGAGGAACAGAAAAAGAUGGCAUUAAUGGAAAAGCGGCGGCGGUCUGUGCUGCACCAGGACAGCACUCAUCUUGAUACCACUGGAUAAGUCAGAACUUGUGGAGUUCAUGACUUAAAGGGGUACUCCGGUGGAAAACUUUUUUUUUUUUUUUUUUAAUCAACUGGUACAAGAAAGUUAAACAGAUUUAUAAAUUACUUAUAUUAAAAAAUCUUAACCCUUAUAGUACUUUUUAGCAGCUGUAUGCUGCACAGGAAUUUUUCUUUUUUUAAUUUCUUUUUUUGUCUUGUCCACAGUGCUCUCUGCUGACACCUCUGUCCGUGUCACGAACUUUCCAGAGCAGCAUAGGUUUGCAAUGGGUAUUUUCUCCUGCCCUGGACAGUUCCUGAUAAGGACAUCAGGUGUCAGCAGAGAGCACUGUGGACAGAUAGAAAAGAAAUUCAAAAAAAGAAUUUCCUCUGUAGCAUACAGCUGCUAAAAAGUACUGGAAGGGUAAAGUUUGUUUUUUUUUUAAAUAGAAGUUAUUUACAAAUCUGUUUAACUUUCUGGCACCAGUUGAUUAAAAAAAAAAAAAAUAAUAAAUCUUCCACCGGAAUACCCCUUAACGACGUAGGACGUAUAUUUACGUCCUGCGCCGGCUCCCACGAUAUAAAGCAUCGCAUCAUAUCGCGUCGGUCCCGGCGCUCAUCAACGGCGGGGACCCGCGGCUAAUACCACACAUCGCCGAUCGCGGCGAUGUGCGGUAUUAACCCUUUAGAAGCGGCGGUCAAAGCUGACCGCCGCUACGAAAGUGAAAGUGACCCGGCUGCUCAGUCGGGCUGUUCGGGACCGCCGCGGUGAAAUUGCGGCGUCUCGAACAGCUGACAGGACACCGGGAGGGCCCUUACCUGCCUCCCCGGUGUCCGAUCGGUGAAUGACUGCUCCGUGCCUGAGAUCCAGGCAGGAGCAGUCAAGCGCCGAUAACACUGACCACAGGCGUGUUAAUACACGCCAGUGAUCAGCAUAGGAGAUCAGUGUGUGCAGUGUUAUAGGUCCCUAUGGGACCUAUAACACUGCAAACAAAAUGUAAAAAAAAAGUGUUAAUAAAGGUCAUUUAACCCCUUCCCUAAUAAAAGUUUGAAUUACCCCCCUUUUCCCAUAAAAAAAUAAACAUAUGUGGUAUCGCCGCGUGCGUAAAUGUCCGAACUAUAAAAAUAUGUCAUUAAUUAAACUGCAUGGUCAAUGGCGUAUGCGCAAAAAAAUUCCAAAGUCCAAAAAAGCGUAUUAUGGUCACUUUUUAUACUAUUAAAAAAAGAAUAAAAAGUGAUCAAAAAGUCCGAUCAAAAAAAUCAUACUGAUAAAAACUUCAGAUCACGGCACAAAAAAUUAGUCCUCAUACCGCCCUGUACAUGGAAAAAUAAUAAAAAAGUUAUAGGGGUCAGAAGAUGACAUUUUUAAACGUAUAAAUUUUCCUGCAUGUAGUUAUGAUUUUUUCCAGAAGUGCGACAAAAUCAAACCUAUAUAAAUAGGGUAUCAUUUUAACCGUAUGGACCUACAGAAUAAUAAGGUGUAAUUUUUACCGAAAUAUGCACUGCGUAGAAACGGAAGCCCCCAAAAGUUACAAAAUGGCGUUUUUUCUUUGAUUUUGUCGCACAAUGAUUUUUUUUUCCGUUUCGCCGUGCAUAUUUGGGUAAAAUGACUAAUGUCACUGCAAAGUAGAAUUGGCGACGCAAAAAAUAAGCCAUAAUAUGGAUUUUUAGGUGGAAAAUUGAAAGGGUUAUGAUUUUUAAAAGGAAAGGAGGAAAAAACGAAAGUGCAAAAAACGGAAAAACCCUGAGUCCUUAAGGGGUUAAUGGUUAGAUGGCAGGGUACCUACAAUAUAGAGUUUUAAAUGGGCACUGUCAGACACACAAACUUUUUAUAUGUUGUACAUCUUUGGCAAAACAUUAACCUUUCUAAUAUAUUUCAUAAGAAAAUUGUAUUUCCUUUUUAUAGAACUUAUGGCUUAUAAAAUCAUGGCUUUGUCCAAGCUGAAGCACAGGCAUGGACAAAGUCCACUAAGUGAGGGAGGGCUAGCACUCCUCUGUGCUCUGAUAGUGGAUGGUCUGAUAGUACUCCUCUCUGCACUCUCCUGUCCUAUGAGACAGGAGAGAGCACAGAGGAGUGCUAGCCUACCCUCACUUACUGGACUUUGUCUACGGCUGUGCUUCAGCUUGGACUAAGCCAUGAUUUCUAUAAAAAGGAAACACAAUUUUCUUAUGAAGUAUAUAGAUGGGUUAAUGUUUUGCCAAGAUGUACAACAUAUAUAAAGUUUUUGAAUCUGACAGUACCCAUUUAAUGUUAUGGCUGAUAAGUGCUUAGUAGGGUCUGUCUGGGUCCAAAUAUUUACAAUUGUUGCAUAAACACUUUUAUUUUUUCUCGUAAAUAUACCGAAAAACCCCAACAGACUGGCAAAAGCUUGAACAGAGCCUCAAUUGGUAAUAACACUCAGGCACUUUUGUGGCCUAUUAGACUAGAAAUCAAGUAAAUUGUAAUGUUAAUUACCUUGUAUUGUUAGGAAAGAAACAUUUAAAGACAUUUUAUUGUCUUCUACCAUUGAUAUGUUUGAAUUUCUGGAGUCCCAUAAACUAGAAAACCUGCCUUUACUGCAAUCUCCUUUUGAGAUUUUUUUUAACCUCUGCUGAUAUUGAUGCUGGCUGUGAUUCCAACCCCUGAAGAUUAGGCCUACACUACUGUAUAUAAUACCCUGCUCUCUAUACUUGGAACUCUGCCUUAUUUUACACUGUGCUACCCUUAGGAUGCCUUCACACGCUGCAGAUUUUGCUACCUACUGACAUAGCUGCAACAGAAAAUAUCAACGUGGGAAUGCACCCAAAGAGGAGGCAGAGCAGGCUUUGCAGUAAAGUAUAUACUUGACAUAAGCCCUCAGCAACAAGGAGCUGUUUGCCAAUUUCCAGUGACUGCAUCACACCCAACAACAAGAAGUAGUUGUUCAGAUAGAGAUAAGCGAACAGUAAUUCGAUUCGUCACGAACUUCUCGGCUCGGUGGUUGCUGACUUUAGCCUGCAUAAAUUAGUUCAGCUUUCAGAUGCUCCGGUGGGC